AUGCAGAGGCUUUUAACGGUGGAAUUAAUUUUUAUAAUAAUAAUAUUAAUCUUAAUUAAUAGCGGUCAAAGCCUGAAGUGUUUUGUAUGCAGAUCCGAUAAGGAUAAAGCUUGUAUAGGAGAAGAUUCUAAUUUAGAUUCAAAGUUUUCAGUACAAUGUCCUGGCAAAUCCAAUAGCUCUUCUCAAGCAUAUUGCAGAAAAAUUAAACAAAAACUAAGAUUCAAAGAGGAAGGUGAUUACACAUAUAUAAGAGAAUGCGCUUACGAAAAAAGUUCCCGCCCAUGCUACCAUUUUAAAUAUAUAGAAUUAGCCACACAAGAAAUAUGCGAAUGCGACAGUGAAUUAUGCAACCGUGGAUAUUUAAUCAUACCUAAAAUUCAAACCUUGAUAAUGACAUUUUUUGUGUGGUUAUUAAACUACACGAUCAAUCGAUAG